GUAAAGGUCAGUCAGGUUAGUUUGUUUGGUUUGUCCGUUUGGAAUUUGGUUUGUAACCUGUACUCUCCUCAAAUCAGUGAAAUUUGUUCUCCCUUGCCCGUGGAUUAGCUAGCACACAUUGUGUUAGUGAACCAUGUUAAAUUCGUGUUCGUUCGUGUUGGUUUGGAUUGUCGUUUGCACGCUUCUGUUCUGACAAGUGGUAUCAGAGCCUUUGGUUGCGGUUUUGGGAAUUUGGCGCUGGACUGAAGUUGUGCUUUGUGGAUUUUAGUUGGAGUUUGUUUGAUAGUAAGAAUGGCUGCUAUCAGUAUGAAGAUUGAGAAGUUUACCGGAAGAAACAGUUUCAGUUUGUGGCAGAUCAAGAUGCAAGCACUGUUGAAACAAAAGGGUUUGUGGGCUCCGUUGUCUGGAAAAUCGAAGAAGGAAAGUAUAGAUGAAGAAGAGUGGAUUACUUUGGAGGAGAAAGCUCACUCUACAAUCUUGCUUUGUUUGGCUGAUGACAUCAUCACUGAGGUUGCUGCUGAGAAGACUGCUGCGGGUUUGUGGUUGAAGCUUGAAAGUCUAUACAUGACAAAGUCUUUAACCAACAAGUUGCAUAUGAAGCAACGUUUGUUUAGUUUGCGUAUGGAGGAAGGUACGUCUCUCAGGAAUCAUCUAGAUCAACUCAAUACUAUCUUGCUAGAUCUGCGGAAUAUUGAUGUUAAAAUAGAUGAUGAGGAUGUUGCCUUAAUUCUGUUAGUAUCUUUGCCACGGUCGUAUGAGAAUUUUGUGGAUUCUUUUAUUGCUGAGAAAGAUAGUUUGUCUUUGGAAGAUGUCAGAUCUUCUCUACAUACUAGAGAGGUUCGACAUAAGGCGUCUGGUUCAGGUUCGGAAAAUCAGGCAUCUGGGUUGGCUGCUACGAGUAGUAGGAGACAACAAUCUGGUAAUAGGAAGGCGAAUACAAAUUCGAAUUCUGCUGGUUUGAAGGAUGAUAUCUUUCAUUACUGCAAGGAGAAAGGACAUUGGAAAUUCGAUUGUCCUAAACUGAAGAAAUAUAAGGAGAAGCAGGAAUCAUCGGCUGCCGUGACAGAAGAAACUAACUCUGAUUCUGAAGAUGGUUUAGCUUUAGCAGUGAAUGAACAAGUACAUCAUCAGGAUGUGUGGUAUUUAGAUACUGCAGCUGAUUAUCAUAUGUGUCCAAGCAGGGAGUGUUUUUCAACUUAUGAGCAGAUAGAUGGAGGACAUGUUUCUAUGGCCAAUGGUGCUAUCUGUAAGAUUGUUGGAAGAGGCUCCGUCAGGAUGAGGACAAAUGAUGGUUCUGUUCGCACCUUGAACAAUGUUAGACAUAUUUCAGAGAUGACUAAGAAUCUGAUAUCUUUGAGUCUACUCGACAGCAAGGGUUUCAGCUUCAAAGGUGAAGGUGGAGUGUUGUCUGUCUACAAGGGUUCUAAGGUGAUUUUGAAAGGUGUCAAGCGGGGUGCCUUGUAUAGUCUACAAGGUUCUGUUUUGACAUGUUCUGUUGGUGAUAAGUGCACCAAGCUGGUUCUGAAUGGCAAGUCUCAAUAUGGAUUGGACUUGCCGAAUGGUUUGAGUUGUUGACCGCCCUUAGGGGCAUUUGGAGGCAGGGGAGGUUCUGGAAAAUUCGGAGAUUUGAAGAGUUUGGUGUCUGAAAAUUUUGGUUGCAUUUGAGUUUGGCGGUUUCGAUCGCAUUUGGAUACGUCUGGCGAUAUGUAUCGCGUUUGGUACAUCUGGCAACUUUGGUUGCGUCUGGUACAUCUGGUAUUUGACAGAGAAUUCAAGUCAAGGUGGAGAUUGUUAGAAUAUGACUUGAAUUUGAUUUGGGUUUGUUUUGUGUUUUAGGCCUAUUCUGUUUGGGUUUGGGUUUGGGUUUUGUUUUGACCUUUUUCCUUGUAUGUUUGGCAAAAGGUGUUUGGUUUUCUGUUUGGGAUUAGGAGAAGAGUCCUAUAAAUACUCUUCGUCACCCUAGUCUGUAGUAAAGGUCAGUCAGGUUAGUUUGUUUGGUUUGUCCGUUUGGAAUUUGGUUUGUAACAUGUACUCUCCUCUAAUCAGUGAAAUUUGUUCUCCCUUGCCCGUGGAUUAGCUAGCACACAUUGUGUUAGUGAACCACGUUAAAUUCGUGUUCGUUCGUGUUGGUUUGGAUUGUCGUUUGCACGCUUCUGUUCUGACACUUCUAAUAAACAACAUUUUAGUUUUACAAUCUUAUGAGUCUUUUCUUACAAUCCUACGACAAUUAACCAACUUUAAACAAAUCACUACUUCUUGGUAAUGUUAACACACAAAAUUCAAUCAUUAGCAAGGGAAUUAAAAAUCUAAUUUUACGUAGAAACGUUUUGAUGAUUUAGAAAUGUAAAAUCAUAUGCUUUUAAGUUUAGAUUUUGACUUCAAUUGUAAGGAAAAAGUGUGAUUCUACAUAAAAGUGAUUUUUUUUAUUUAUUACUUAGAAUUGUUUUUAGUUACCUAGAAGUGUAAAAGCGUAAACUUUUAGAUUUUAAAACGCGAUUUUGACUGCAUUGAUCAUUAUCAGUAGUGAUGCCUAGUUAAACCCGAAUCUAUGGGUACCCACCUGAAUCUAAUCUGGUCAAAGUAGGUAAAACUCAGUAUUGGCGGAUUUUGGGUUUGGUGCGAGUUUUACCUGUUUUUGAAAUUUAAGAAUUAUCUUGGGUUCUGUUUUCCACUUGACCCACAUUGAUAAAGCAAAAUGAUGUCAUUUUGUAUAUAAAUGGACUAAUAUGAAUAUUUAUGGAUAUUAUUAGUUUUUAUGGCAAUAUAAAUUUAAUAAUAUGAAAAUUUAUGGAUGUUAGUAGUUUUUAUAGAGAUAUUAUAGAAUUGUUUUAUAACAUAAUGUGUGUGUUCGAAGAAAUAAUGUACGAUUAUGUUCGUGAACCCAUGGACAUUCAUGCACCCAUCAGUUUGGGUUCUCACUUCUCAAAUCCAAUGAGUAUUUUUCUUGCGUCAUUUUAAUUGGUGCACACGCUGAAUUGAGUUAUAAUUUAGAAAAAUCUGAACCAACAUGACCCAUUGUCAUUCAUAAUUAGAAUUCAUUAAAAAUAAAAUUAAACUAAUUAUUUUUUCCUUUUCAAUUUUUUUCUUUAGGGUAUCACCAAAGAAUCAUUAUGUUCUUAACACAAAAAAUCAAUUAAAAAUUUGUAAUAUUUUUUUAAAGCGUAAACUUUUAAGCUUUAAAACGCGAUUUUGACUGCAUUGAUCAUUAUAAGUAAUGAUGCCAAUUAAACCUGAAUCUAUGGGUACCCACCUAAAUCUAAUAUGGUCAAAGUAGGUAAAACUCAUUAUUGACGGAUUUUGGGUUUGGUGCGAGUUUUACCUGCUUUUGAAAUUUAAGAGUUAUCUUGGGUUCUGUUUUCCACUUGACCCACAUCGAUAAAGCAAAAUGAUGUCAUUUUGUAUAUAAAUGGACUAAUAUGAAUAUUUAUGGACAUUAUUAGUUUUUAUGGCAAUAUAAAUAUAAUAAUAUGAGAAUUUAUAGAUGUUAGUAGUUUUUAUAGAGAUAUUAUAGAAUUGUUUUAUAAAAUAAUGUGCAUGUUAGAAGAAAUAAUGUACGAUUAUGUUCGUGAAUCCAUGGGGCACCCAUGCACCCAUCAGGUUGGGUUCUCACUUCUAAAAUCCAAUGAGUAUUUUCUUGCAUCUUUUUAAUUGGUGCACACGCUAAAUUGAGUUUUAAUUUAGAAAAAUCCGACUCAACACGACUCAUUGUCAUUCAUAAUUAGAAGUCAUUAAAAAAUAAAAUUAGACUAAUGAUUUUUUUCCUUUUCAAUUUUAUUCUUUAGGGUAUCACCAAAGAAUCAUUAUGUUCUUACCACAAAAUAUCAACUAAAAAUUUGUAAUUUUUUUUUAUAGAUCAAAAGCUCUAUCGUGUACUAUUGAACAUAGACUUUUUUCCCCUUAAAAAACUAGGUCCUUAAUAGAUAAUAAGAAUUGGAUUUUCAAUGGGUUUAUUUAGAUGGAGUUUUCUAUAUGUCAAAAAAUUAUCCAUAAAUUAUCUUGAAAUUGGAAAUCCAAGUUAUUAAGAUGGAAUAUAAAUUUUUAUCUUGAAAUUUUAAUUUCUUUUGUCUCUAUAUAUUCCUGAGUUGUCCAAUUGCAAGUUUUGUUAUGGACAUUGGAAAUUUUUUUUCCUAAAUAAAAUAAAGAGAUGUUAAUACUCAUUUAUUUUUUAAACAGAUGAAAACAUAGAUAAAUGUAUGUUAUUUGACAAAAUAAAACAUUAUUCGCAAAGAAAAGGACGAUCCGGCCAAUCGGCCGGGGCUCAUGCUAGUUAUUCUUUAUUGUACUGCCGCCACUGGCCGGACGAUUUGACGAAGACACAUAAUAGUGUACGUUUUGCAGUCAAAUUGCACCAAUGAGUGGCUUAUGGUGUACGGUAAAGGACGAAAGAAGACGGAGAGAGCGACCAACUUACAUAGUAAAGAAAAUUGAACUAAUUAAUAUAAUUGGGCCUUUCAAUUACUAAAAUCUCUCUCGUGGUAAACCAGACCAUGUUUGGGUCGGUGGUCCAAAUUGUACCGUUACAAAGUCCAACUUUUUAAGGGUUGGUUGAGAAUUUUGGUUUCUUUCCUUCCCUUUAGCCGGUUCGUUAGAGUGGCCAAAUUGACGAGUUCUAGUAUAUACGUACAGACCAAAACGAAUAAACAAUGCUUAUUUCUGAACGUAUGUGUUCUUGUUGAAACGAACAAUUGUUUGUUACAGUGAUUUUCUUUGCUAGCUAGCGACCUUCAAACUGAUGAGUUUUGCUUUGCUAGCUACCUACUCGAAAUCAAUUAGGUCAUUACAACCCAAAAACCCUAGUGUGCAAAACACAUUGUUUACAAUAGUGGAGUUAGGAUGAAGCUAGGAGGAGCUGUAAUCCCCUCUCUAUUUUGAAAUGUAAGUAAAAUUACAUGUGAAUUUUGCACAAAUUUAGGAAUUGGAAUAGUCUUUACCUACAGUGAAAGGUCCCAUUAGUUUGACAAACAGACAAGAUUGCGCUUUUGAUAGGCUGGCUGGUUAAUUUUCCAGGUCAAGAUGGCGGCUGCUGCCAUUCAUUUACAUUGACCGUUCAUAUCAAUCUUCAGCAUUUUCUUAAUUUCUCGGGAAAGAAACAUAUAACACUCUAAUCUGAUCCCCAAUUGCAUCAUCUUCAUCACACCCAAAGUCAUUACUCAUCUAUUUCUAAACAAAGGACCAGUCAUAUUUUUCCUGUGACUAAUCUCUAUCAGCAACAACCCAAUUCACCCCCUACCCUAAUCUCUUUGACCCGUCACAGGACGAGAAAAUUUGUUUCAUCGUCUUACCUUCGUACAAUACAAGAUUUUUUUAAGUGUCGAAAGAGGGAAUACUAGAACUUUUAAAUUUAACGAAUUCAUAAAUAAUAAGUGAUUGAUACACGAUGUGAUUACUCGUUAAUUGAACUUAUAAGAUUGCGUAAAAAAUGAUUGGUUGGUAGGUCUAGACAAGAUGAUGUAAUUGCGUAACCGAAUAUGUUAUAUGCAUGAACUAGAUAAUGGCCCGACCCGAUGGUCAGCUCAUUUGAUCAAUUAAACAAUGAUUAUAAUUGUAGGAUGCGUGACACAUUUUCUAAGUAUAAAAGAAUUUGAAUGAUUUAAUUAAAGGAAAAGUUAAAUAAUAUACAUCAUAAUUUUUCUGACAUUCUAACCGAUUUAUUGUCCAAAAUCCUUACUAAAAGAAACAUAUGCAAAGAAACCGACAUCUAAAAAACCAAACCACACUUCAAUUUUACUCAUCAAUAUCAAAAGUAAUGCAAAUUUUUUAGACUUCUCUGAGAUUGCUUCACCGUCAAUAACAUCUUCAUAUCCACUAAUAAUUGUGUUUUCAUCCUCAUAAACGACACCCCUAUCUCUUCAUCAAAUAUGCUCUUUCUUCUUCUCAACAAUGUCAAGGAUGAGUUAGCUUAGCUCGACUACCCUAUUGGAAAACUAGCACCCCCUAUUAAUUAUAGAUAUUUUGGUUAUUAAAUUUGUGUUGCAUUUAAUAAUCUUUGUAAAUUAAAAGAUCAUAUUAAUUACAUUCUUUUUUUUAAAUUGAACCUAUAUUAAUUAGUAAUUACAUUUCUCUCUCCAUAUUUCUCACUCUUUCCUUUCCUAACAGCUUUGUUGUCUUCUCCCGGUAGACUCCUUCCGAUCAUACUCCUGAUAUUAUUGUACAAAGUACUCAUUGGAGUGCAUUUCAACUUUUCAAGAUAGGUUGCAUUAAGGGCUGGGAAAAUAGACCAGACCGUUAGAAAAACCGUGGUCCAAACUGUACCGCACAAUUUGGUCCGGACCGUAAACCGUGAAGUAUGGUCUGGUCUGGUCCAUGGUCUGUAUUAUUUUAUGAUUUGAUCUCUUGGUCUGGUCUGGUCUGGUCUAGACCGCGGUUUACCGAAAACCGUGGACCCAACUGCCUUGUCAAUACGUGUUAACAGCCCAUUCGACCCCUCUCCAAACUCCCACAACUACACCCAAAUCUCAACCUUAAUUUUGUGAAUCUCUUCCCUCCUUCAUUCACAACCACAUUUAACCAGAGAGUAGAGGUAAUAGUGUCUCCAUAUGACAUUAUGUUAAUGUUUAUGACGUUAUGGUGCAAGCUGGGAUAUUUUUAUUUUGUAUCUUUGUUAUGUACUAAGAUUUAGAGUAUCAAAAAUAUUCAUGCAUGUUAGGAUUAAUGUUUUAAGGAAAAUAACAAUUAUAUUUCUUGGUUAUUGGUUCAAUUUUUUGCGUGGUUGACAAAACAAUUAUUCAUUUUUCGUUGAGUGUGGUCUUCUGGACCAGACCAGACCGAACCAGAUCGCACAGGCGUGAUCUGGACCGGACCGUAUAGUCUGUGGUCUGGUCAGUGAUCUAUACUUUAGCCUCUCGGUCUGAACCAUAGACCGUAUAUAUGGUCUGGUUUGGACCAGACCGCACCGUUACCCAGCCCUAGGUUGCAUACUCAGCAAUUAUCUCAAAUUCCUAACUUCGAAAACUUUACAUGGCAUGAAAAUGCACAUAACUCUAAAUAUUAUUGAAAGAAUUAGCAUCUAAGUAUUGAUGACUCAUUGAAACUCAUAAUUACCUCCUUCUCAUUUAUGAUAUUUUAUUUUAUAGUGGGUCUAUGAUUUUGAUUUUGGUGGAAAUUGUGGUCGGGUUUGAUCUUUGACUCUCAUUAGAGGAGGUACUUCAUAUCCAUCACUCUUAUCACAAAAACAAUGAUUAGAAAAUCAAAAGUUAUUUUUUAACUCCCAAAUCAUAGAACACAACAAAAUACAUAAAUUCAAAUGAUAUUAAUUUUACCAUAACUUAAAGUUAGUCACUUCCAAAGUUUUUAGAUUUGCCAGCGACAAAGUAACGAUAGAUGAUAAUAAUUUAUUCUCUGAUUCAACUCGAUAUUUACACUGUCCUGUAAAAUAACCUUCACAAUUUUGAAAUUUAUAGUAUAUUUAGUGCUUCCAACGUACACAUUGAAUGAUAGUAUUCCAAAUCCUGUUAGUUUUCCAUUCAUGACUAAAUAUUAAUUAUAUUUGUAAAACAUUUUAAAAAAUUGGGUAAAUACAA